GUCUUCACACUUUUGUUUAACAUAAAUUGAACCAAACACAGACAUCAUUUUAAAUUCAUAUUCACAUCCGACAAAGAGCAUACUUGACGGCGGCAGACCGUUGGCCGGGCUCGAUUGCUAAGGUCUAGUUUGCGGCUAUAUUUGAUCAAUUGUUUCUGUCUGGGUGCUUUCAUCAAACAUGGCGGCAACUCAAGCGACGAAUCCUUCCCAGUUGCUCCCGUUGGAGCUUGUGGACAAGUGCAUUGGUUCUCGAAUCCACAUUGUCAUGAAGACGGACAAAGAAAUCGUCGGGACUCUGCUGGGCUUCGACGACUUUGUCAACAUGGUCCUCGAGGAUGUGACUGAAUUUGAGUUAACGCCAGAGGGUCGCAGGAUUACCAAGUUGGACCAGAUCCUGCUCAAUGGCAACAAUAUCACCAUGCUCAUCCCAGGCGGGGAGGGGCCGGAUGUUUAAGACCAGCAUUUGUUGGAAUUUUGUUUUAAGUUUGUUUUUGUUCUUGUUUUACCUGUUUUUUUAGGUAGAAAGGCACUUUUGUAUUAAAAAAAAAAAAGUUUUGGUUUGGCAAUGAAUAAAAACUGUGCCAUGAAGUACACACAAACA